AAUAAUGGCGGUCACAACAUUGCUGUGUUUAUGACAAAAACCCGCUCCGAAAAAAUACUUUAGACUUAAGAUAAGACAUGGUUUAUUGAAUUCUAGCUAAGUCAAUACUUCUUYAUUGCUGUAGAGCUGGUUCUACGGGUAUUUGAACAAUCUGAAAGGUUAUAUUAUUACAAAACGAAGUGUUUCUUGUCGCCAUGAGUGAACUUUCAGCUGACGAGAUAAGACGACGACGUCUGGCAAGACUCACCCAGUCCCCAACUCUCUCCACUUCUCCUCCAACGGCACCAGUGCCUUCCGAGUGCAAUUCCCAGAAUGCAAUUUUAUCCAAGUCAUUGUGCACGACUCCAGAGUCUGACUCCUUGGAUAGUGGGUAUGGCUCUUUCCCUCAUUCUUUGGAGUUUGAGGAUUCCCAAGACGUUACUGAGAAAAUGGGAAAGAGGUCUUCUCCUACCAUKUCUUCUUCACCCACUGAUGGGUUUAAGUUCAAACGAUCAAAAGAUAGCAGCUCAGAUACAGAGCCAAGUCCUAACACACAGUCAUCCAAGGUUACUAUUACAGAAGAGAUCUUGUUAUCUGCUGUGUCCAAAAUAUUUAAUGUUUCUUGGAAGAAUUCUUCUGCUGGCAUUACAUAUCUUCCAAAUUUAGCUCAAGAAUUUUCAGAAAAUGAAUCAAGUGCUUAUGGCAAUAUGGUGGAUCUAAUAAACCAAGUCCUCAUGGAGAGAAUCUUGCCUUCAAAUACAGUUAGUGAUACUAGGAUGAGCAUAGACAGCUCAACAAUAGCCGAAGAAACCUCACAGAUGGUUAUCAAUGAUGGCAUUGUACAUAACGGUAUUUCACCUUCAUCUCUCUUUGGAACAUCGCCGGGAAAAAUUUGUGGGAAUCCAAGGAAUAAGUCUGGAAUUCUGGUGACACAAGAUGAUUGCCUGCAGUAUUUGAUGGAGUGUUAUGAACGGGUAGCAAUUGUUGAAAAGAUGUAUCCAAAGAGAUUACAAGAUACCGAAUGGAAGAAUCUGUUGUACCAGUCAAGACAACAGUGUAUCUCUUUCACUGUUCUUGUAUUACAAGGGGUUCUAAUAUCAUCUCAGGGCUUCAAUAAUCAGCCAUCCAAUCAUUCACCAAUGGUACACUAUCUCGUACACAACAAGCAACAGUUACCAAGAGGUUUUAUUAAUGAUCUAGUCACAUGUGCUGCUAAGGAUCAAGAAACUGCAACAGCGGUAUUUCAUCCAGUACUUAUUGGAAUGAUGCAAGAAAUGAGGAAAACCUCUCUGGCAGAUGACACUUAUAAAUCUAUAUUAAUGAGUCUCUCUGAACUGUGCGAAGUGAGGUUAGGGAGUGCUUCUGUCCGACCCAUCUGCAACGCUAUUGUUAACCUUGGUUGCUGGUUGCCAGCUCCUUUGUGUGCUGCAGCUGGUAAAGAGAUUGAGAAGUUGUCAUUCCUUGGGGCAUUCUUCAGUCUUUCUGUGUUUGCAGAAGAAAGUCCAAAAGUAGUUGAAAAAUGUUUUUCAUCAAAAGAAACCAUGACUAAAGAGGCAAUAAAGUUGGCUACGGCAUCUUUACAGGAUUCACUACAGUUCGUCAGGAUUGAGUUGUUUAAAGUCAUGCACGGUCUGCUAGUAUCAAGUGAGAGCAGAGGGGCAUGUUUAGAAUACAUUGCUACUGUUCUUCAAAGAAAUAUGAAGAAAUCACAAAUGCAGGCUGAUGACAGACAAGUAGCCAGUGAUGGAUUUAUGAUGAAUUUCAUGGCUGUACUACAACAGUUGUGUGUGAAAGUCAAAAUCGAGAAAAUCGAUAAUUUAUACCUGUUCUACCCCAAGUGUAGACUUGACCUAUCACAAGAAAGCAGGCUGAAAGCAACAAACAAUGAAGCCAAAGAAUGGAAAACCCAAUUAGGUUCCAGCGAGACGUGGUCCGAGCCCAAAUUCCCCACAGAGUGCUUCUUCAUGGCCUAUCAAGGUCACCACGAAGCUAUCAUCCCUUGCUGUAGACGGUACAUACGAAGGCUGCGUGCCAUUCAAGAUCUUUCAAGAAUGGUACUCCAUUUAGAGACGCAGGAGAGUGAGUGGAUGGAGACGCCAUUGGCACCGAGGAAUAAAAUGUUAUUGAAAAAAUGGCGAGCACAAGUUCAUAAACUGGAGACAAGUAAGAUGUGUUCCAAUGCAGGUCUUGUAGACGAACGAAUACUACAGUCAUGUUUCAAGUUUUACGGCAUGGCUGCUUCGUGGAUACUCACCAUGGUAACGCCAGAAAUAGAGGGGUCAACACUACCCCUGUCUACCGAAGUACCAAAGCAGUUUGCCACACUACCAGAUUACUACAUUGAAGACAUUGCUGAAUUCCUCUUAUUCAUCAACAUGCAUGCCCCACAGGUAUACGAAGAUCCCGCUAUCACAGACAUCGUGAAGUUCCUGAUCGUAAUCAUAUGUUCUCCACAUUAUAUCUCAAAUCCUUAUCUGGUGGCGAAACUCGUCGAGGUUAUUUUCGUGGUCAACCCUAACAUUCAACCACGUACCCUGAAAGUACACGAGCUAAUUCUAGGAAAUCCCUUGGCACAACAGUUCUUGGCACCUGCACUGAUGACAUUUUAUACCGAUGUGGAGACAACAGGCAGCUCUAAUGAAUUCUACGAUAAGUUUACUAUUCGAUACCACAUCUCGAUUAUCAUGAAAAGUCUGUGGGAAGAUCCCUUCCACCGAAUGGCUAUCAUCAGGGAGAGCAAGACGGAUGGAUUUGUUCGUUUUGUCAAUAUGUUAAUCAACGAUACCAUUUUUCUACUCGACGAAUCGCUGGAUUCUCUGAAAAGAAUAAAUGAAAUACAGCAGAUGAUGCAGAACACUGCUGAAUGGGAAGCACGGUCCAGGGAAUAUCGUACAAGCCGUCAGCGUCAGCUUGAUACUGAUGAACGCCAGUGCAAAUCGUACUUGACACUCGGCUCGGAGACACUUGAUAUGAUGCAUUACCUGACCAAACACGUCAGAGAACCCUUUCUUAGGCCGGAACUAAUUGAUCGUUUGGCAGCGAUGCUGAAUUUCAACCUGCGGCAAUUGUGUGGUCCAAAAUGUCGCAAUCUUAAGGUCAAAAAUCCCGAAAAGUAUGGCUUCGAACCCAAGAAUCUACUGAACAGGUUAAUAGAUGUCUACUUGCAUCUUCAUUCUGAUGAGUUUGCAAAUGCAGUAGCUUCAGACCAGAGAUCAUACAGAAAGGAUCUGUUUGACGAUGCUUGUGGACACCUCAACAAGACUCUCAUGAAAUCCGACGACGUCGUGAGAGAGUUUAAAGAAUUUGCGCAGAAAGUCGAGCAAAAAGUUGUUGAAAAUGCUUUAAGAGAUGAAGACUUUGAUGACGCUCCGGAUGAGUUCAAAGAUCCACUAAUGAUGACUCUGAUGGGGGAUCCUGUUAUCCUACCCACGAGUGGUAAAGUCAUGGACCGUCCAAUCAUAACAAGGCAUCUACUCAACUCUACCACCGAUCCCUUCAACAGACAACCUCUCAGCCUUGACAUGCUUGUACCAGCGAGAGAAAUAAAACACCAGAUCGAACAAUGGAUUAGGUCCAAAAAAGRAGAAAAGGCGUCAAAAUAAAUGACCCUAAGCGUCCCUUUCCUUUCAAUCAUUAUUUGACAUAUUUUUUUGUUUUUCUCAAUAAUGACUAAUUAAUAGAAAUAUUGCUUCGUUGAAAUGACGAGUGUAUGAAAGAAAUUAUAAAAUGCAAUAAAAUGUUGGGUACUUUGUUCCAUCGUAAGAAA